CAGGAGCAGUCUUGUAUUGGCCCCGUGGAAGAUUUCUGGACUACUGUUGCAGGAAACAGAGACCCAGAGAAAGAGAGACAGGUGUUUCAUAUUCCAGCCAGGCCAUGAAGCUGGUUUUGCUGAUCCUCAGGUUGCUGUGCCUCGCCUGCCUCUGGCCUGUAACCUUGUUAAACAACCGCUACCCUGACCGCAAGAAGAACAAGGACGUUUACUUGGUCGAGCAUGCCAAACACAAAUUCAGAGGACGGAUUGACUACAAAUUAAAGAAAAAAGACAGCACCAAGUCCCUUCUCAUCAAAAGUGAACAGCUACUAAGAAUCGAAGAUCAUGACUUUGCCAUGAGGCCUGGAUUUGGAGGGUCUGCUAUACCUGUGGGCAUUGAUGUACAGGUGGAGAGCAUAGAUAGCAUCUCUGAAGUUAACAUGGACUUCACAAUGACCCUGUACCUGAGGCAUUAUUGGAAGGAUGAACGGUUGGCUUUUCCCUCCAGUAACAAUCUCAGCCGAACAUUUGAUGGCCGGCUGGUGAAAAAGAUCUGGAAGCCAGAUGUGUUCUUCGUCCAUUCCAAACGCUCCUUCAUCCAUGACACCACCAUGGAGAACAUCAUGCUGAGGGUUUACCCAGAUGGCAACAUCCUCUACAGUGUCAGGAUUACAGUUACUGCUCUGUGCUCAAUGGACUUCAGUAGAUUUCCUCUGGACACUCAGAACUGUUCCCUGGAACUGGAGAGCUAUGCAUAUAACGAGAACGACCUCAUGUUGUACUGGAAAAAUGGCAAUGACUCUUUAAGAACAGAAGAGAUCGCCCUCUCUCAGUUCUUCAUUGAGGAGUUCCAACCCUCCCAUGGUCUAGCUUUGUACAGCAGUACAGGCUGGUACAACAGGCUGUACAUCAACUUUAUCCUCAGAAGACACAUAUUCUUCUUCAUGCUGCAAACAUAUUUUCCCACAAUGUUAAUGGUGGUGCUGUCCUGGGUGUCUUUUUGGAUUGACAGGCGGGCAGUACCAGCCCGUGUCUCGCUUGGCAUCACUACAGUGCUGACAAUGUCCACCAUAAUUACGGGAGUAUCAGCGUCAAUGCCUCAGGUGUCAUAUGUGAAAGCAGUGGACAUCUAUUUGUGGACCAGCUUCCUGUUCGUGUUUCUUUCUGUCAUCGAGUAUGCAGCCGUCAACUACUUCACCACCAAGGAGGAGAUGAAGAAACUCAAGCAAUUAAAGCUCUCAGAAUAUGAUGCCUCUCAAGCCAUGGCCUUUGAUGGCUGUUUCCAUGAUACAGACAUAGAGCUCAGCUCAUUUCCUCCACUGUCCGAUAAAAACACGGACCCAUGCAUGUCCCCCCUGAACUCUACAAUGACCGACCUCCCUCCUGUGAUGGGUACGCGCCUCCAUCGGCGACGUUCUAUCCGCCAAAGUGUAAACCAUAUCAUAACCAAUAGUUACAAGAUAGACUCCUACUCCAGAAUAUUCUUUCCUUUGGCAUACUUUCUCUUCAAUAUCAUCUACUGGAGCAUCUACUCAUGAUUGAGAGAGAACAGCCUAACAUACAGAAAACCAAACAGCUCAGUGUUUAUAUGGGUCUCUCUCAAACACUGUGAUUGAUUAGUUGUUCAAGCAGGAUUACUUGGCAGAGUGACAGCUGUGUAGUUGGGACGAUGUGCGAAAGUGAAAAUUUUUGGUUCCGGAACAUUUUGGGAACGUUAGGUUUUGGUUAUAAAAACUAAAGCCUAAUAAUAACCAUUAGGUAUCAUUCUGUAUAAUUUUUUUUUAUUAGAUUGUCUAACAAAAAGCUAGCUGCAACAUUCUUGGAAAAUAAGUU